CAUGUGUACAGGAAAUGGCUGCCUGUGCUAAGCUAGGCUGCAGUUCUCUGUCUUGUUACAAAUUUAGCCUUUUCUUUGUUGUUCUUGCGACGUAGAAUCAGUUUCGGACCACCUGGUUGCCAGGUAAGAUAUUUCCUGAAGCAAGUCGAUCAACUUACCAGUGCUGCAGCAGAAAAGAAGAUUUCAAGAAACAUGGCGGAAAAUAUUGAACAUAAACUCAAUGAGCUUGAUGUGAGGCCUAAGAGCUGCCGCAGUCGAAGCGCAGAUAGAAAAGAUGGCUAUGUAUGGAGUGGAAAGAAACUUUCUUGGUCGCAUAAGAGUGGACAUUCGUCUGACGGAGAUGCACUAAAUGACAUUGAUAAGCAAGAUGGUCCAUCCAAGAGCCAAGAGAGAAAGCACAGUUGUUCAUCGAUUGAACUUGAUUUGGAUCGUUCAUGUGGGCAUAAGCUUCUAGGAAAGUCUCUGAAGCAGAAGUUACAAGAUGCCAUGGGGCAGUGCUUUCCCAUAAAGACAUGCAGUAGCCGUCAUUCAUCUGCACUGUCUUCCAAAAGAAAAAUUCUUAUCAGUGAACUGAUGUUAGACAAAUGUCCUUUCCCCCCAAAAUCCGACUUAGCAUAUAGGUGGCAUUUAAUUAAAAGACACACUGCUCCAGUAAAUCAGACAAUGGGGGAGUGGGUAGUUAAUGACGUACCUCAAAUAGACUGCAAGGAACGACCACAGAGAGAGCAUGCUGAUAAUGGAGAGGACCUUUUGUCAGAUGAACAUCUCUCUUCUUGUGACAUAAGCAUGGCCACUGCAGACUCUGUUACAACUAAAGUAUCGAGGCGUAACAAAGAGGACAGUGACAAUGACUCAGAUGACGAUGUUGUAACCCUGUGCACAAGUUCUAGAAAAAGGAAUAAACCUAAAUGGGAAACAGAUGAAGAGAUAUUUCAAGUAGAAACCCCUCCAAAAUACCAUACUCAGAUUGACUAUGUCCACUGUCUUGUCCCAGACCUCUUACAGAUUAAUAACAAUCCUUGCUACUGGGGAGUGAUGGAUAGGUACGCUGCUGAGGCUUUACUGGAAGGAAAACCAGAGGGUACUUUUUUACUUCGGGACUCUGCACAAGAAGAUUACUUGUUUUCUGUUAGUUUCAGACGUUAUAGCCGGUCUUUACAUGCACGAAUUGAACAGUGGAAUCACAACUUCAGUUUUGACGCUCAUGAUCCAUGUGUAUUCCAUGCUCCAAAUGUUACUGGCUUAUUAGAACAUUACAAAGACCCAAGCUCAUGUAUGUUCUUUGAACCUCUGUUAUCCAGCCCUUUAAUCAGAAACUUCCCAUUUAGCCUACAACAUUUAUGUAGGACAGUUAUUUGUAACUGUACCAGUUAUGAUGGGAUAGAUGCCCUCCCUGUUCCGUCUUCCAUGAAACUUUAUCUAAAGGAAUAUCACUAUAAAUCCAAAGUGCGGGUCCGCAGGGUUGAUGUACCGGAACGUCAUCAAAAGUGAAAAUAGAAUUUUCAGAAGUGGAAGAUGAACAUUUAAAUAUAUUAUUUUUAACUACGUUCCUAAUAGAUUUGCUUGCAACCUAUCUAUUGCAAGCUUCCACGGACAUUGAAGGAUUUACUGGUAUACUUUUUAGUACUGUCCAGAGCAUUAUAUUGCACUUAAUGUUUCUGCACGGAGCUCUGCUUUCCAUACUUAUUUGUAAUUAUUUUCAUAAUGAACUACAUAGUCAUAAGAAGCGAUAGCCAACUUCCUAACACAUCAAUUUAUGGCUUUUAAACAAAUUAUAUAUUUUCUACAAAUGUCCAUUGUCACAGACCAGAUUUAGGGUAGGUUGCAGGGUACCCUGUCAGCUGUUCUCCCAUGAGUUGUGGCUAACCCAAAGCACACACUUCAUUUCUGCUUUUUCAGGUGCCACACAAACUAUUGCAGAGGACUGUAUAUGGCCCUCUGGCUAAUAAUUAGUCAUCUCUGGCUUAAAUGGUUGCUACCAAACCACUUUUAUAGAUUAAACAGUACAUUUAAAGGGACAUGGAACCCACAUUUUUUUCUUUUGUGAUUCAGAUAGCGCAUACAAUUUUAAAUCUUCUGAUGUAUUUCUUUUAUCUUGUUUUGUUAUGUUUAAGUAUACCUAGGUAGACUCACAAACUGCUGAUUGGUGUGGCUGCAUAUAUGCCUCUUGUUAUUGGCAUUCAGCUAGCUCCCAGUAGUGAAUUGCUGCACCUUGAACAAAGGAUACCAAGAAAAUUAAGCAAGUUAUAUAAUAGAAGUAAAUUGGAAAGGUGUUUAAAAUUGUAUGCUCUAUCUUAAUCAUGAAAGAAAAAUAUGGGGGUUCAUGUCUCUUUUUAAUUAGUGGUUUUUUUUUGUUUUUUUAUUAUUUUGCAGAUAAAAAGCAUAUUAAUAGAUGUUAUCCGUUUAGAUAGAAAUCUGCAUUCACAAUUACUAACUGUAUACAGCCAGUCUUGCUUACUGCUGUUUUGCAUCGUUAUAUUCCAAUUACCAUUGAGUUUUAUUUCUACUAUUGGUGGAAUUCAUUCAUUUAUGAAAUGUGGAAAAUGCUUUUUUGCACCAUUGAAUGCAAAUCUCUUUGUAUCAGAGAUAUUUGUGAUCAGUAACAGUGUAUAAUAUAUUUCCCCAAAACAGAUCAAAAUAAAUACUGUUAACCACA